AUGAGGCCUUCUCUCUUCCAUUUUCUCUCGCUUUUACUCCUCCCUUUGACUCAGGCCAUCAUCGUCCGAGAUGAUGUACACAACCCUGAACAGGACAUAGUCACAUGGGACGAACACUCCCUCUUCAUCCGAGGCGAACGUGUCGUCGUCCUCUCCGGCGAGUUCCACCCCUGGCGUCUUCCUUCCCCAGGUCUCUGGCUCGACGUCUUCCAGAAGAUCAAAGCCCUCGGCUACAAUGCGGUGUCCUUCUACGUCAACUGGGCCCUUGUCGAGGGUACCCCCGGUGAUGUCCGCAUGGACGAUGUCUUCGACCUUCAGCCCUUCAUCGACGCUGGCGCCGAGGCAGGCCUCUAUCUGAUCGCACGCCCCGGUCCAUACGUCAACUCGGAGCUAUCUGGCGGCGGCUUCCCCGGCUGGCUUCAGCGCGUGAAGGGAGAACUGCGAUCCAUGGCGCCAGACUACAUCAAUGCUACAUCGAACUACGUCUCAAAGGUUCUCGAUGUCAUUUCCGCGGCGCAAAUCACGAGAGGUGGGCCGGUUGUUCUGGUCCAGCCCGAGAACGAGUACACUCUUGCGGUUGGAGGAGACAGCCUCGGCGAUUCUUCCAAGCUUCUGGAUCCGAAAUACAUGGAAUUCAUGAAAACUCAGUUCCGAGAGAAUGGGAUUGAACUACCCCUGAUUGUUAACGACGCGGUGCCGCUAGGUAACUGGGCGCCUGGGACGGGAGAAGGAGAACUUGACAUAUACGCUCAUGACGCCUAUCCCCUCUAUAGCAGUUGUGCUGAUCCCACUGACUGGUCAACUUUGAGCAGUCUCACUUAUACGUACCAGAAUCAUCUCCGGCAGAGCCCAAGCACUCCGUACUCGGUGCUGGAAUACCAAGGCGGUGCUCCUGACCCAUGGGGUGGCGCCGGUGUCGACAAAUGCGCGGCUAAGAUCAACCAAGAGUUUGCUCGAGUGUUCGUCAAGGAACUCGUCUCUCGAUCAAUCAAGAUCCUCAAUAUGUACAUGACUUACGGCGGCACCAAUUGGGGAAACAUGGGCCACCCAGAAGGCUAUACAUCAUACGACCACGGUGCCGUCAUCAGGGAGAACCGCGGGGUCGAUCGUGAGAAGUACAGCCAGGCCAAGAUUCAAUCACACUGGUUACACGCCUCCGAAGCCUACCUCACUGCCAUACCACAGGAGAACACAACCACUGAGUUCGUUAGCACCCCCGAGCUUCAGGUUGUCCCCAUUGUCGGCAACGUCACCCGCUUCUACUACGUCCGUCACGUCGAUUACGCUUCCUACAACCUUACGUCCUACACAUUCAGCGUCCCGACAUCUCACGGAAACGUGACCAUCCCCGUGAUGGGCGAGCAGCUCUCGCUCCAUGGACGGGACUCCAAGAUCCACGUCACGGACUACGACGUCGGCGGCGUGAACCUGGUCUACUCCUCCGCCGAAAUCUUCACCUGGAAGAAGUAUGGGAACAAGACGCUGUUGAUUCUGUACGGGGGAGACGACGAGGAGCACGAGUUCGCUGUAGCGUCUUCCCUAGGAGAGCCGAGCUUCGAGAACGGCGAUUGCGUGACGACCUGUGAGGUUGACCAGCUCAGGGUCGUCCAUUGGAGCGUCAAGGACACCCGGCAGGUUGUCCGUUUCGGCGACCUCGAGAUCCAUCUUCUUUGGAGGAACGAUGCGUACAACCACUGGAUCCUGGACCUCCCCGAUGCAGCCACUGGACAACUCUCGGCAAGGCAGAGCAAGACUCCCAUCGUCGCUAAAGGGCCGUAUCUCCUUCGCAACGCAACAUUCUCCAACAACACACUGCAUCUUACUGGGGACCUGAACCAAACGACAACGCUGGAGGUACUUGGCGGAGUACCUGAGGGCUCUGCUCUCAGCUUCAACGGCCUCGCCGUAGAGUCUCUGCUUUGGAAUAAUGGCAGAUUGAAAGCCAACCUCGCUUUUCAAGAACCAUCUUUCACUCUCCCUAACCUCUCCACGUUAGAAUGGAGAUCGAUCGACUCUUUCCCAGAGGUUCAGCCCGAUUACAACGACUCCGCCUGGACAACAGCAUCACUGACCCAGAGCAACAACCCCCGCAACCUCACAACACCGACGUCACUCUACUGCAGCGACUACGGCUUCAACGGAGGCUCUCUCAUAUACCGGGGCCACUUCACCGCCGCCGGCAACGAAUCCUUCUUCAGCGUGAACACAGCAGGCGGCCAAGCGUACGGACACUCGGUCUGGCUGGACGGGACUUUCCUCGGCUCCUUCGCAGGCGACCCUCACACCACCAACUACACGCAGCAAUUCGAGCUCCCGCCUCUCGAAGCGGCAACGAAUCAUGUGUUCACGGUGGUGAUCGACCACAUGGGCAUGCCGAUGAACUUCUACGUGCACUCCGAGGCGAUGAAGACACCGCGGGGUAUCCUGAACUACGACCUCGAUGGGCAUUCGCAAUCCGACGUCACAUGGAAGCUGACGGGGAACUUUGGCGGCGAGAAGUACGUCGACAAGACACGGGGACCGCUGAAUGAGGGUGCGAUGUAUGCCGAGCGGCAGGGCUAUCACCUCCCAGGGGCACCUUCUUCUAACUGGACAGUCGUGUCUCCGCUGGAAGGGAUCUCGAAUGCAGGUAUCGCUUUCUAUACGACUACUUUCGAGUUGGAUAUACCUGGUGGGUACGAUAUCCCGCUCAGUUUCGUCUUCGAGAACGUGACGACGAGUGAGGGGAGACCGGUUGUCUUCCGCGCACAGUUGUUUAUCAACGGAUAUCAGUUUGGCGAGUACAUCAAUCAUCUCGGACCUCAGACACGUUAUCCGGUCCCGGAGGGUGUCUUGAACUACAACGGCGAUAACACCGUCGCGCUCACUCUAUGGGCUUUCGAAGAGACGGGAGCCCGUCUUCAAGGUUUCAACCUUUCUGCGGAUCAUGUGCUUCAGUCAGGCUACCGCAAGCCAAGACAGACCAAACAGCCGGCUUGGGAGCAGAGAACCGGGGUCUAUUGA